CUAAAAUAUUCUUUUUUAUAAACAAAAAUUCAAUGUUUGAAACAAAUGGAAUUUAAUGAAGAAUUUAAUAUCUGUUGACUACUAAACUGUUUUAAAAAAAAAAGACAAAACCAAAACCCUCGUCGGGGCUUUUAAAUGCAACGACCACCAAAGUCUUUCUCUUUCUCUCAGCUUCGAAACACCGUCACGCCAUGGAAGAAGAAACUCUACAAGUCUUCUUCUUCUCUCAUCCUCUCUUCUCCAUUUUCAUAACUCUCUACAGUCUAAUCCUCAUCUAUUUCCCCAAUGAUUUGCUUCGAAUCUUUCUCUCCCCUGUUCUUCUCAUCUCCGGAGCUCUCCUUCUCUCUCUUCUCCGUCUCGGAUCGACCCGAGAACCUAACACCCAACCCGAUAAAAGCUACGAGGAGUCUGAAGAACCUAAGGUUUUUCUGGUUCGUGAAUCCGAUUUGAUGGGUGGUUUUGUGGAAUGGAACUUGAGAGCACCAUUGGAAGUGAUUCACGAAGCUUACGAAGAUGAAGAAGAGGAAGAAGAAGAAGAAGAUCCGACCCGGUUUAGAAAAAUGGAGAGAUUCCCAUCGUUGUCACUCUGUUACCCAGAAUCAGAUUCGGAAUCGGAUUCUGCUUCCUCGUCAGAAUUCAAUUUCCCGGAAAUCGGUGACUGGAACUCGCCGGAAAAUAUGGGAUUCAGAUGGGAAGAAGACGAGGGUGGAAUAGGAUGUGAAGGUUUGAUUGAGAUAAAGCUCGAUCAUUAUAGCCAUAAUAGGAAGAUGAUGAGUAAAACAGAGAUUGAUUUUCAUGCAGAGGAAGAUGGUUUGAUCGAGAUCGAUCUUUUUCCAUGAAGAAGAAGAAGAUGAUGAUUCUCUUUGUGCUUCCGAUUAGAAAGCAUUUUUCCGAUUAGAAAGAAAGAAAAAGAAGCAACAAUUAAUGGUUGUUCAUUUUUUUCUAUACGAAUAUCAUUUGUGUAAAUAUUAUUAUACGAGUGUAAUUCAAUUUUCAACUUUUUACACAAGGAUUAAUUAAUCUCCG